GCCGGGGUGGAGGAGGAGCGAGAGCUUGUUCCGAGAAGCCCCGACUGGGGACCAUGGGGGGACAGGUGAGGCUACCGCCUGGAGAGCCCUGCCAGGAAGGCUACGUGCUGUCUCUGCUCUGCCCCAACUCCUCCCAGGCCUGGUGUGAGAUCACAAACGUGUCACAGUUGCUGGCUUCUCCUGUCCUCUACAGGGACUUGAAUUCCAGCAGAAGCAACUUGAGCACUUCUGCAAAAGUCGAAAACAAAUACAGUCUGUAUGUGGGCCUGCUGCUGGCAAUCGGUUCCAGUAUUUUCAUUGGCUCCAGCUUCAUACUGAAAAAGAAGGGCCUCUUGGAACUGGCCAAGAAGGGCGUUACCAGAGCUGGUCAAGGUGGACAUUCUUACCUCAAAGAAUGGCUCUGGUGGGCAGGAUUACUCUCAAUGGGAGCUGGAGAAGUGGCCAAUUUUGCAGCUUAUGCUUUUGCACCUGCCACGUUGGUCACCCCGCUGGGUGCUCUGAGUGUUCUCAUAAGUGCAAUAUUGUCUUCCUACUUUUUAAAUGAGCACUUGAACAUUCAUGGGAAAAUAGGCUGUAUAUUAAGUAUUUUGGGGUCAACUGUGAUGGUUAUCCAUGCCCCACAAGAAGAGGAAGUCACUUCUUUGCAUGAAAUGGAAAUGAAAUUGAGAGACCCAGGAUUUAUUUCCUUUGCUGUAAUCAUAACUGUGAUCUCAUUGGUGCUGAUUUUGAUUGUGGCUCCCAAGAAGGGACAGACCAAUAUAUUGGUCUACAUUUCAAUCUGUUCAUUGAUUGGAGCAUUUUCAGUUUCUUCUGUCAAGGGCCUGGGAAUUGCCAUUAAGGAACUGUUGGAAUGGAAGCCAGUUUACAAGCAUCCCCUGGUCUUUGUUUUGCUGGCUGUACUUGUGUUCUCAGUGACGACACAGAUUAACUAUCUCAACAAGGCACUGGACACCUUUAAUACAUCUCUUGUGACUCCCAUUUAUUAUGUGUUCUUCACAUCCAUGGUAGUAACUUGCUCAGCCAUCUUAUUCCAAGAAUGGUACGGCAUGAAAGCUGGAGAUAUCAUCGGGACCUUGAGCGGGUUCUUCACCAUUAUCAAUGGCAUCUUCCUUCUACAUGCUUUUAAGCACAUUGACAUUACCUGGAGUGACCUGACUUCCACUACUCAGAAAGAAGUCCUGUCUCUGAAUGGUGGUGAAGACAAGUAUGUCUUACUAGAGAACACAGAAUGUUCAACCCCAGGAUUCAAUGAUGACAUUACCUUGUUUAGCAGGACUGAGGAUCAAAGUCUCUAGAAACCCUGAACUUUAACCACAUAAGACAUUUGGAGAGGAUAAGAAAUGCUUGAUUUUUUGAAGAACUAUUAGGAAAGCUGACAUUUUUAAAGUUCUAACUAAUAAUCUAGAUGUGAGCCCCCCCCCCACCAAAAAGCCUUCCUUUUGGCCAUCAAAUUUGAAAAUCAAGGUUUGGAUCCUCUUCCAGAAGACUUCUACUGUUUUUCAUUUCUACAAACUUGAAAUAUUCUCUAAGCACAAAAGAAGUUAAAGAGUUAUAUGAGUCUCUGAGUAAUCUCUCCUGGUCACAAUAGAUUUGUUUCUGCCAGGUGGCUCUUCAUUUCUUUGGCUGCUAUUCUUAGUAAUUCAUAGAUAAACUUAACUACGUGCUGAAAAGCAGAGUAUCAAUCAUCAUUCUCUGAUGAGUCAUAGUUUCAAAUUAUUAAAACUGAGAAGAGAGGUUACUCACGCUCCCCCCCCACUUCUGUAACUUCCUUCUUUAUAAACUAGAUAGCUAAAGAGUGAGUGUUAAAGAAAAAAAUAGGCCUACCUUGGAAAUUUGCUCUUUGGUGGGCUAGAAUGCACCAGACACACAGCCCGUGAAGGGCUUAUGAAUUGUAAUUUAUUGCCAUAUCGGAAAAAUCUAUUACCAAUUCAAAAUUGGAGAAUGAAGAGGAAGAGAAAUUUUUAAAUGAAACACAGUAUUUUUUCUUUUCACACACAAAAAAUGCAAAUGAUUACAUUCAAGGCUUCUUUUAACUCAAACCUGAACAAUGUAAAACAAAAUUGAAUUUCUGGAGAAGUCCAAGUGAUUUCAGCUUUAGGGUUUCUUAUAUUCACUUUGUCCCUUUCUCUGUUAUCCCAAAGGUCAUUUUUCCUGUUGACAGAUUGUGUACAAAUAACUGGUACAUUACUUUAGGAUUAUAUGGUACACCUCAAUUUUUCGCAAAUGUCUAAUCCCCAAAGAGUAAGUUUUCCACAGACUGUUUGGAAACAAUUAGAAAAAAAUCUUUGCAAAACCCUGAAUGAGUUAUCAUAAUUGUUCUCUUGAAAUUUGGCACUUUCACCGUUAUUAAGGAAAUUAUAGUUAGUCACUAACCUUUUUAACAAUAUACAUAUCCUACCACAAUAAGUGGUAGAUUGUCUUUUUCUGUUGAAUUUUAUCCUGACCAUAUUUUUCAUACAUUUUUAUUGAGAAGGUUUCGGGAGAAUAGGAAGGGGAGUGAACUUCCCAGAAAACAAUAUUAAGACCUCAGGGACUACUACAGAAAAAUACCUUUUGCAUAUUAAGACUUCUGUGCAAUUUUCCUGUCUCCAAGUGCACAGCAGGAAUAACAUUUUUGGUGGUUUUGCUUUCAUGUUUAUGGACAGAUAUCUUAUCACUCACUGAUUUCAUGAGAAAGAAAUUACCUAUUUCCAGACUCAACUUAUUUCUGUCAAAACAAAAAUCCUAACCAAAAAGUUAUGACAUUAAGACAAAAACAAAACAAACAAACAAACAAAAAAACACUUCAGGUUGAUUCGAUUUUUCUGUUCCAACAUCAGAUUUUAUUAGUUUUAUUUGUUUGUAAUCUAGCUCAAGUCCAUCCUGGGUAAUAAUAAUAAAUUCUCUAAUCGAGAAUUCUAUUCAACUGACAUAAGCAUUUCCCAGUUCUGUUGAGCUCUGACCGAUGUUCCCAGGGAUGUCCUGAGGUGACCGUGAAGUUGGAAAGGGCUAUCAACAGUGUCUUCGGCACAGGUCAGUGUUGAGUGCAACCCCAGUGCGUUCUUAUUUUUGACAAUUGAUAAUCCAUGGAAGAUACAUGGGUUGAUACCUCUCAGGUCAAGUACGUGUUUACUCUGUUGAUUGCUGUUUAAUUGUAUAUCAGAUACAUAAGCUAUGAACACAAGUUUGUAGGAAAAGUAUUUCUGAAAAGGUAGUGUUUAAAAAUGGUAGAAAUUCUUUGAAAGUUCUUUUUUCCCUAUUGAAAAAUUCUACUGGUUUCUCCAGGAUACUCCCUUAGUAAGGAAAUUAAGGGCAUCCAGCCUAAGGCCGUGGUGGUUCUCCACGCUAGUGAAAUUCAGUGUCAGGUAUUUCUUAAAUGUCACCUGUUACAGAGCUUUGCCUCUGGUAUACUGUGCCCAGCUAAAGAUUCAUGGAACACAAGAACUCAUGUGUAUCCUGGAUUGGAAAAUGAACUGGUGUUAACAUAUAUGCCCAGGAGAAAGGCUGAGAAAGAUUUAACAAGUUGAAAUAUGUUGGAGAAACAAUAAAAUAUUUUUAAAAUUCUAAAAAUCCCUGGUGGGUCUAUACAUUGAAAAACCAAAAUGUUAUUGUAAAUCUAAAACAAUAAUUUUUCCCAAAUAGGAAGAUACUGUCUAAGAAGGAAUAAAAUGAUGGAUCCCUGUAUUCAGACUAUGUUAGUCUUCACUGGGAGUUUCAUAUAUGUAUAUAUUUUAAUAUAUAUCUUUAUCUCACCUAGGUAUCUUAAGAUUUAUUAUGUGAAUAUCUGCACAUGGGUCAUUAGGGAUUACAAAGCUGUGUUCACACAGCCAGAUUGAAAGUUUUCCCAAAUUCUGUAAAUAUAAUAGUUUCAUCUUAUUUUUAUAUAUAAUUUUACUCUUAGGUCAAUGGCUAAGAACUUUAUUUUUAGUUCAGAUUGCAGAGAAUGUUCAUGAAACUCUUCAGAUUUAGCAGCACGAAAUUAACGCCUUUGUUUAAAGAGUGCAAAUUGAAAUACCUGGAAAGCACCCACGUUAGGCCUGAUGUAUGAGGCAUUUAACAUAAUUUAGUUCUCUUUGAAUCGGCAUUUGGAUUCUUAUAGUCUUAUUACUAGAUAGUUAAGGACCACCAGUUGCCAAUUUUCAGACAUCCUUCAUCUUUUCUUAAGUUGUGUCACAUUAGCUUGUUUUAAAGAAACCAAGUGAAAAUGAAUUCCAUCAUUAUAACUAUCUCAACACCAAAAUGAUCCAACAAAAAUAUUUUUUUCUGAAAGCCCAUAAAACUGAACUAAAUGCAAUCUUCACAUUCUAAUAAAACUUUGUGGAAAAGUAAUUUGUAUGAAUAUAUAUGAAAUGUCCUCAAAUAUUUUGAAUAAACUCUAUAGUCAUGAAAUUUUCUAUUUUUCCAAUGUUUAUACAUACUGGUCAUUUUAGAAAGUUUACAAAUUUUAAUCUUUCUGUAUAUUUUUCAUUUGCAAUAAAGUGUGGUUUAAUUAUGGUUGUUGGAGUUCAAUUUUUAGUUUAUUGAAGUUAAGUAUGUGUAAUGGCAAAAAUACCCCGUUUAGAUUUGAGAUUUUUUUUUUUUAAGUUUUGAGGUUAAAAAAAGAAUCUGCACUUAGGUUAAUUUUGGUCUAUCAUUUUCCUUGAAAUUGAAAUCUGUUUUUUUAGAAGAAGGCUCGCCACAAAACCAUUUCCUGUAUAAUUGAUUUGACACCUGAACCAAAAGUAGGAGAAACUGUCUUAUCUUUAAAUAAUUGUAUUGAACAAGACAGGUGUUCAAAGCAGUCAGUAUAAUGAAAUCUCUCAGUUCCAAAAUUUAAAAGGAGAAAGCAUUAUAAAAAUAGUUGGAAGCACUGCAUUAUAUUAAGUUCACAUUUGCAAACUCAGCAAAUUGAAGAAGCAGAGGAAGAGGGAGAAAGCAUUAUCAAAAUAUUUGGUAGCAUUGCAUUACGUUAAAAUUUACAUUUACAAACCCUCAGUGAAUUUCCUUCUAGUCCCUGUGGAACUAAUCUUCAUUUCAUGGGGGCACCUGGCUGGCUCAGUCCAUAGAG